CGCAACAGACGCGCUGAGCAGGGAGGAAACAGAAGAGGACACAGAGAAGGAGUGGAAGGUGCUGCUGCUCUUAAACAGUCUUCUUCGUGAAGCUCUCUUUUCUGCCAGCAGUGCCCCCCCCCCUGCAGUUGAGGCUGUGGCAUGAGCCUAUGUGGCAGGAAGGCACUGACGUUGCUGAGCAGCGUUUUUGCUGUGUGUGGCCUGGGCCUGCUGGGGAUCGCUGUGAGCACCGACUACUGGCUCUACCUGGAGGAGGGAGUCAUUCUCCCUCUCAAUCAAAGCACAGAGAUGCGCAUGUCCCUCCACUCCGGGCUCUGGAGGGUUUGUUUCUUAGCUGGGGAAGAGAAAGGAAGGUGUUUUACCAUUGAGUAUGUGAUGCCCACAAACGUACAGAUGACCUCUGAAUCUACUGUUAGUGUACUCAAAAUGAUUCGCUCUGCUACACCCUUUCCUCUGGUCAGCCUCUUCUUCAUGUUCAUUGGUUUUGUACUCAGUAACAUCGGCCAUAUUCGCCCACAUCGCACCAUCCUGGCCUUUGUUUCUGGAAUCUUCUUCAUCCUUUCAGGUCUCUCUCUGGUUGUUGGUUUGGUGUUAUACAUCUCUAACAUUAAUGAUGAAAUGCUGAACAGGACCAAAAGUAAUGAGGCCUACUUCAGCUACAAGUAUGGCUGGUCGUUUGCCUUUGCUGCCAUCUCUUUCCUGCUCACCGAGACGGCUGGUGUCAUGUCAGUGUACCUUUUCAUGAAGCGCUACACGGCAGAGGAAAUGUACAGACCCCACCAGGGAUUCUACCGGCCCCGCCUCAGCAACUGUUCAGAUUACUCCGGCCAGUUCCUUCAUCCGGACGCCUGGGCUGGACGUGGUCGCAGUCCCUCCUCCAUCUCCUCCGAGGCCUCCCUCCAGAUGAACUCCUCCAACUACCCAGCCCUUCUCAAGUGUCCUGAGUAUGAACAAAUGUCCUCCUCACCCUGCUGAGGGGGAGUGCUGGCACAGUGUUAGCACUUUGGGCAUCAUUUGAUCUGUCUGGAUUUUGGCAUAUAUUUGUCCAGUAAUUUCACAUUAUCCAGCUUGAAGAGUUCACUUCAAGUCCUUUGAAAAUGACUUGAUUUACUUCUCCUCUCCAGAGCUGACCUUUAUUAACAGUUUUUGGUUCUGUAAAUACAAUAUUAGUUAAAGGUUAGCCAGUUUGUUCCUAGAGUUUUUUUCAGGCAAAUCAGUUUCAACAUUAGACAGAAAAUAAUUUGGCUAGACUGAACUUUGAUCUGCUUUUGCCAUUCUUUUUAGUGGUUUCGAGAUGGUUAUCAAUGAGCAGUAUUUUUUGGGUUAGUACUGGGCGGGUAAGUGUAAAAAAGAGAUGCUGACCUUAUUGGUUUGCAACCAAACAUUAGAAUAGGAAUAUCUGUUUAGAGAGCAGCAGUUAAUGUAGGAAAUCACCUAUGGUACACCUGUCAAAUAAUUAUUCCUGGGGCUCAGUUAUUAAAAAAAUUGUUUUCCCUUUAUCUGAUUGUUUUGGAGAAGGUUGCACGGAGAUCUGAAGCCAUAGCUGUUCUACUGGUGUCCAGGUGUGAUUAUCUUUUCAGUACAGUGCAAAAACUAAGAAAGGUAUAAAGGAUGCAUAUGUCAGAAACUGAAAAUAAGAAAUCUGUAAUCGUAAAUGACAAACCAUUUUGAAUCAUUUAAAAAACUGAUAGUUUGAAAGACUGAGAGUUCACUAAAAACAGAUUUGUACUUAAUGUGAACGCAUUGUGUUUCCAAAAAAAUCUCUAAAUGUGAUUUAAGUCCAUUUGAUUUCAAGUAUUGAAGCCAGAAGUUUUUAUUCAAAAGCUGUAACUAAUCCAUUCAUAUGAGAUACAGUUUAAUGUAAAGGCCCAUAUGUGAAUUUCUUUGUGAUUUAACAUUAUCAUUGAGCCUCUUGUUGUACAUUGUUGUCAAGCAAAAAAAAACACUGUGCUUCAUAUGCACUCAUAACUAAUUAGUAGUUACAACGCAAGACAGAUGUAGAUUAGCAAAACAGUCAAUGGAAAAGCAAAGCAACAUAUUAAAAGAAAACAAGCAGUAGACAAAGAAUACUUUUUUAAAUUGGUGUUAAACUAGAGUUAUAGUUUAGAUAUGAUACGAGAGCCAAAUGAGAGAAGAUGAAGUUUUGGUACUUUUGUUUAAUGUGGAAUGUCAGUGAGUCAGUUGGUAUGAAACUUUGUUUUCAUAUGGAGUAAUUGUGAAUGUAAGAUUGUGUCACGGUAGCAAUGCAAAAUGAGAUUUUCUGCCUAAAGUACCUCUUCUAUUGAGAUAUACAGAAUAAACCUAAAUUACAGAUGGAUAUUUUUGUAAUUUACUCCCACAUAAUGAAAGUGUAUUCUUAAUAUUUAACAUAAAAUCAAUCAAGUUCUUUUGAGUGCCAAGGCAGGAGUUGUGCCUAGGUUAAGAGGCAAAUAAUUGAAUAGAUACAUUUCAUGCAGCAUUGAGUGUGAUUAAACAUAUUAUACAGAUACUUUGUGUCUUGUGCAAUCAUUUUAUGUUACUUUGAUCUUUUUCUAAAAUCAUAAGUAUCGUUUUUAUAUGAUAUUGCAUGAUGUGAACUCCACAUUAUAUUGACAAUAUAUAAGGUUUCAUCACUAGAUCAACUGACACAGACAAGUAAUAAUACAAAGUUUUGCCAACUUAAACUUACUCUCAAUUGUUGUUUUGGUAUGUUGACAUUUAAACAUUUUGUACAUUUGAAAACUGUAAAUACGAUCUCAUCGUUAUGUACAUAGACCGAUUUUUGUAUAAACAGCAGUGCAUAUAAAAAAACUAAAACUGUGGCUGUUUUGUUGUUGUGUUGAUCAUUCUGUAGAAUAUUUCACAGCUUCUUUGUCUCCUGCUUCACAGUGAGAGUGAGAGCUUUUGAAUAAUCUUAUGCUUUAUUAUAUGUAAAGUGCAUGGUAUCAUAGUCAGACACGAAACUAAAUCGAAAUACUAUAUGUGUAUUUUUACAGUCAUAUUCAUGAUGUUAAAUGUGCAAUGGAUGGUG